AUGGCUGAUACUACGACGGACACUAAUCCGACGUCCGACAAGAGCCCCGUGCCGGCUCAGUCUGCUCAGCCUGCUCAGAUCGUCGAUGAGCCGCUGGGUGAUGUUCAGGUUCCUCCAGGAUGGAUGUACCGGUCGUGGGGGGUAGGGCGCUGGCGCACCCCCUGGUAUGCGUCGCCGCGAUUCCAACUGGGUAUGGUCGCGUUCGUGUGUUUCAUGUGUCCCGGCAUGUUUAAUGCGCUCAGCGGCCUGGGCGGUGGUGGCAAGGCCAAUCCCCACCUGGCCGAUGAAAUGAACCUCACCCUGUACAGUGUCUUCGCCGUCGUCGGUUUCUUCGCUGGCUCGAUCGUCAACUGGGUCGGCAUCCGACUAUCUCUCUCCUUUGGCGGAAUCGGAUAUUGCAUUUAUGCGAUCAGUCUUCUCGUCUCUGAGCACAAAUAUGUCCCCGGGUUCAAUAUCUUCGCGGGUGCCUUGCUGGGUGCCUGUGCGGGUAUCCUGUGGUCGGCCCAGGGUGCCAUCAUGAUGUCCUACCCGCACGAACACCAGAAAGGCCGGUAUUUCGCCUGGUUCUGGGGAAUCUUCAACAUUGGCGCUUGUAUGGGCAGUCUGAUCGCCCUAGGCACGAAUAUCAACGUCAAAGUCGCUGCCUCUGUCUCCGAUGGAACGUACAUCGCGUUCAUCGUCCUGAUGUUCUUUGGCGCUUGCCUGGCUCUCUUCAUUUGUGACGCGAACAAGGUCGUUCGCCGCGACGGCUCCCGCAUCAUUGUGAUGAAAAAUCCAACGUGGAAAUCCGAGUUGUACGGGCUCUACGACACGCUCAAGCACGAACCCUAUGUCAUCCUUCUUUUCCCAAUGUUCUGGGCUUCCAACUGGUUCUAUACAUACCAAGGGAACGCAAUCAACGUCGCCUACUUCAACACCCGCACUCGAGCCUUGAAUUCUUUCCUAUACUGGUUCGCUCAGAUCGUGGCUGCGAGUAUCAUCGGUCCGCUCCUCGACAUGACGUACUUCCGUCGUACCACGCGUGCUCGCGGCGCCUGGGUCGUUCUCUUUAUUCUGACCAUGGUCAUCUGGGGUGGUGGCUGGGCCUGGCAGAAGAAUUAUACUCGCGAGUCUGUGGACCCCGACACAACCGAUUUCCAGCAUUGGGAUUGGACGCAUUCAGGAUACGCCGGCCCCAUGUUCCUGUACUUCUUCUAUGGAUUCUAUGACGCCGUCUGGCAGGGUGUUAUCUACUGGUAUAUGGGAGCCCUUUCCAACUCGGGUCGCAAAGGCGCCAACUUUGCCGGAUUUUACAAAGGUAUCCAAUCCGCCGGUGCCGCGGUGGUGUGGAGUGUCGACUUCCACAAUGCAUCCUUCGCGGCCGAGUUCGCCAGCAACUGGGGUCUGCUUGGGGGAUCGCUGCUUUUCGCGGCGCCGGUGAUUUGGCUGCGCAUCAAGGAUCAUGUCGAUAUUGCGGAUGACCUACAGAAUACCGACGAGACCAUCGAGGAUGUUCUUCCUGUCGGACACCCGGAGAAGUAG